UUGUCAAGCGUGGCCUUCAGGACAGAAUCCAGAACUACUUCAAUCUUUUUUUCCUCCCUCUCUCUGGUUCUUAUCACUUUGGAGUGUCCUUGGCCAGCUGUAUAAAGAUGUGAGCGCAUUUCACUGUACUUUGCUGUCACUGUCGAACAUGCUGCCUGCUGUGGUGAAGCUCUGCUGUGGAAUCUCCUACCCACAUCUCAGGAGUAUGUCAGGACUUCAGCGCACGGCUGUGGCAGUGAUAGGCCAGGAGAUCACACACCUGAAGCGAUGGGGACAAAUCCAGCAUCACACCAGAACACAUGCAAAUCCCAAACAAGAAAACGUGAGGUCUGCAGAGGAAGAUCAGCUGUUUUACGUUCGACACGGCCGAGAAGCAAUGAGGAAAGCUCUCUGCAUGUUGGAGGAUAGUGAAGGGUGGAAGGUGGAGAUCAAAGAGAACAAUGGAGAUAUGAUCUGCAGCAAAGUGGUACCUGGGUCUGGAAAGGUCUUCAGACUGGAGGCAGUUUUGGAGGCCAGUGUGGAUGACCUCUAUGACCUCCUGUUUGUCAGAGUUGAGGAGAUGCCCCGGUGGAACCCAAGUGUACAACACAUCAAAGUUCUGAAGCAAGUUGGACCAGACACGGUUGUGACUCAUGAGGUUUCGGCCGGGACAGCAGGGAAUCUGAUUGGACAGAGGGACUUCCUGAGCGUCAGACACAGCUGCAGACAGAAAUCUGGGGUCUAUCUUGGAGGAGCAGCGAUUCAUCUGGACUCAUUCCCACCUCAGGCAGGCUUUGUGAGAGCUGAAGAUGGGCCAACCUGCAUCAUCAUCAAACCUCUGGAUGCAACAAAGAGCAGCUUCACAUGGCUUCUUAACAUGGACGUGAAGGGCUGGCUGCCUAAGUCCAUCGUCAAUCAGGCUCUGCCUCGAGCACAGCUGGAUUUCACACAACACCUCCGCAGGCAUUUCAGCCUGAGAUGACCGAGUCUUCAUGGCAGCCGUGCUGCAGCAGCAGCACCACUUAGUCAUCACUGACGGAGGAGCACUGGGAGACGGAGCUCUUGGUGACAGACCGGCUGCACCAUUUGGAGAGAGAGCUGCCGGAGACCAGCGCCAGCCUGGCAGAAGGAAGCUGGCUUACAAUAGGAAUUAAUGUCACGUGUCAUGUAAACCUCAUUUCCUGUUUCAGAGCCAUCACUUGUCUCUUGAUGCACGACGCCCUGCAAACAACUGGAUACAUUGAAUAAAGUGCUUGAGUGUG